GAUCCUCGAGCUGUCACCUAAAGAAAUGCCCACACUUGAUGAUUAGGAGGCAAAUAUUUAUUAGAAGAUUAUUUUGCUUCUUGGCAUGGUUUAAUUUAAAUGUCCUCUUCCUCUUUCUUUACUUCUUCCUCUUCUUCUUCGGACUGAAUUGUCUGAGCAUCCAAGGCAAGAAGUUGGAAGGCGAUUUAAGGAGCCCAACCCAGAAGCCACCCUCUGCUCCUCGUUGGUUCUCGUCACCAGAUGAUCACAUGUACUCUCGGGAGAAGCCGGCGGAAGUAGUACUUUUACUUCUGGCAAUUGCAGUUGUCGUCCAAGGCAAUGGAAGGGGUGGUGAUGGCUAUUGCAAUCACAAGCGCGGUCCAACGCCAAGACCACACAGUGUCACCAUUACAGAGUUUGGGGCAGUGGGAGAUGGAGUGACCUCCAACACUCUGGCCUUUCAGAAUGCAGUUUUCUAUUUGCGAUCAUUUGCAGACAAGGGUGGUGCUCAGCUGUAUGUUCCUAAAGGGAGAUGGCUGACAGGAAGUUUCAACCUAACCAGUCACCUCACCUUGUUCCUGGACAAAGAUGCUGUUAUAAUUGGCAGUCAGGAUGCAUCUCACUGGCCUGUUGUUGAGCCUUUGCCGUCUUAUGGACAAGGGAUAGACCUUCCUGGUCCGAGGCAUUGCAGCUUGAUAAAUGGAUACAACUUGACGGACAUAGUGAUAACAGGUGACAAUGGGACUAUUGAUGGACAGGGUUCUGUCUGGUGGGAGUGGUUCCACUCCCAGACCUUGAAUUACAGUCGUCCUCAUCUUCUUGAACUUGUGAGUUCCAGUGACAUUGUGAUCUCAAAUUUAACUUUCUUGAAUCCCCCUGCCUGGAGUAUCCAUCCAGUCUAUUCUAGCAAUGUGGAGAUCCAGAACGUCAAAAUCCAUUGUUCAUCUGCUUCUUCAUAUACUAAUGGUAUAGUACCAGAUUCAUGCUCGAAUUGCUGCAUCCUAGAUUGCAGCAUCAGUGUUGGACAUGAUGCCAUUGCUCUGAAGAGUGGUUGGGACAACUAUGGUAUCUCUUUCAACAGACCUUCCUCAAACAUUCACAUCAACAAUGUCCAUCUGCAGACGUCCCUCGGUUCAGCACUUGCUUUCGGCAGUGAGAUGUCGGGCGGGAUCUCAGACAUACAAGUCGAGCAACUCCAUAUCCAUGAUUCUUUCACUGGUAUAAAAUUCAAGACCACCCGUGGACGAGGUGGCUACAUCGAAGAUAUUAUCAUAUCAGAUGUGGAAAUGGAAAAUGUUCACGAAGCAUUUCAAAUCACGGGCCACUGUGGUGCACAUCCUGAUGACCAAUAUGAUCCAGAUGCUCUCCCGAUGAUCAAGCAGAUCACCAUAAAAGAUGUGGUCGGCACCAACAUCUCGAUCGCUGGAUCUCUUUCAGGAAUGGAUCAUGGUCCCUUCAGUGCCAUCUGCCUUGCAAACAUCAGUUUGUCUGUCACCUCAGGUGCUUCCAAUUCUUGGAUUUGUUCCAAUGUUUCUGGAUUCUCUGAAUCAGUCGUUCCACAACCAUGCUCUGAUCUGAGUUCGAAUUCUUCUCUCUCCUGCUUUUCCCUCGAAAACUUCAAUGCUCUUGUGGAUUUCCAAUAAGAUAUUUUUGCAUGCAAUUAUCAUUUGUUUAUUCUCCUUCAGCUCAUCAUUGUCUUUGCCAAUUCUUUCCAAUAAAUCCCGAGAAAUUCAAAGUUUCGGUACCCCCUCCCUCCAUCACCCGUCCAAUGUGCUUGUUUGUACAGCUAGAUUUCUUCAUUCAGUGUCUGUAAGAAAAAAUUUUUGGUAGUAGUUGGAAUUCAGAUGUUUGAUUGUGCUGUCAUUGGCUGUUGCUUUGUUCAAUCAUCAUCAGUAGUUUGUAUAUUCUAUCCUGUGUACUGGAAUUCAGGAAGGAGAUUGUAGUGGCCAUGGAAUGAGAUGGCUUAUGUGUGCCAAAUGGCUUCUUGAUAUCAAUAUAAAAUAAGGUGGUCUGCACAGCAGUUCAUCUAUGGCUGCGGUUGUCUCCUCUUUUUGAUU